CACUCAAUUUCUGGUCCUAAUUCAUCAAAAAUUUCCCAAAAUCCUCCCUUUUUAAUCCUCCAUUACCAAAUCUCAAUCCAUCUCAUAAACCCUAAACCAAAUCACAUCAAAUCUAAUAAUAUUCAUACCCACAAAUUCCUCUCUUCUCGAUUUCAUCAUCUUGAAUCCAUUCUACUAGUUUGUUUCGUUUACUUAAUGUUUGACCGAUUGUUUUCCUCACUGUGUAAACUGCAAACAUCAGACUGAUUUUAGUUUAAAGAUGAAAGUUCGGAAUGGAACUUCACCUUUUCUUUGUGGGUAUGAUGCAAACUGAAUCAUUUUUCUCAUUCAUCUAUUUUUCUAUAUAUAUUGUUUAAACCCUUUUGUUCUUGAUGCGUCUAUCAUUUACUACGUAUCCAAUCAAGGUAAUCGGAUCUUGUUCUUCUUUUUACUCAUUCCGAUUUCUCCCCUCUUUCCGAUCUCGUUCUUUGAAACCCAAUUCUGUUUAUUACAAUCGGAAGUUUCCAUUACGAGCUAUAAUGGCGGCGGCAACUUUGAAGGUAUCAUCAAUUGGAGCCACGGUUGGGAGUAAUGAUGAAGGGAUUGCUAGACGACUAUGGAUCAAGUUCCACAAAGAUGUAAUUCGAGCGCUUUAUACUCCUUUUGUUGUAUGUUUGGCAUCAGGCAAUCUUAAGCUUGAGACUUUCCAUCAGUACAUUGCUCAAGAUGUUCAUUUUCUCAAAGCCUUUGCUCAAGCGUAUGAGCUUGCAGAGGAGUGUGCAGAUGAUGAUGAUGCCAAAAUAGCAAUAAGUGACUUAAGGAAGAGUGUUAAAGAAGAGCUUAAAAUGCACGACUCAUUUGUUCAAGAAUGGGGUACUGACAUGAUCAAGAAAAGUAAUCUAAAUCCUGCAACAGUGAAAUACACAGAUUUUUUGGUAGCUACAGCAUCUGGCAAAAUAGAUGGUGUGAAAGGACCUGUGAAACUUGCUACUCCUUUUGAAAGAACAAAGCUGGCAGGUUAUACUCUAGGUGCUAUGACACCUUGCAUGAGGCUUUAUGCCUUUAUAGGAAAAGAAAUGCAGACCCUUCCUGAUCACAAUGGAUGUGCUCAUCUCUACAGAAAGUGGAUUGACAAUUAUGCCUCUGAAAGUUUUCAGGCUGCAGCUCAACAAACUGAGGAUUUGCUAGACAAGUUAAGUGUCCCUUUGACAGGCGAAGAGCUUGACGUCAUCGAAAAGCUCUAUCAUCAAGCCAUGAAUCUGGAAAUAGACUUCUUCAAUGCACAACCUCUUGUUCAGCCUGUCAUUCUUCCUCUCUCAAAUAAGCAUAACCUUGCAGAGAAUCGCCUCUUGAUAUUUUCCGAUUUUGACCUGACUUGCACGAUUGUUGAUUCAUCUGCAAUUUUGGCAGAAAUUGCAAUUGUUACUGCACCCAAAACAGAUCAGAAUCUACAGGAAAACCGAAUUGUACGGAUGUCAUCGACUGACCUUAGAAACACAUGGAAAAAUAUUUCUAAGCAGUACACCGAAGAAUACGAGUAUUGCAUUGAAAAUAUUUUACUUACAAACAAAGCUGAGAAAUUUGAUUAUGAAGGUCUGCACAAAGCUCUUGAGCAACUCUCAAAAUUUGAGAAAACUGCUAAUUCUAGAGUGAUCGAGUCUGGUGUACUAAAGGGUGUGAAUGCUGAAGAUGUUAAACGAGCAGGGGAACGUUUAGUUCUCCAAGAUGGCUGUUUGGAUUUCUUUCAAAGUGUUCUAAGAAAUGGAAAGUUAGAUGCAGAUGUUCAUUUGCUAUCCUACUGUUGGUGUGGUGAUCUAAUUCGUACCGUCUUUUCUUCAGGUGGUCUGGAUAUGCAGAAUAUUCAUGCAAACGAGCUAGUCUAUGAGGAAUCUAUAUCGACGGGCCAAAUUGUAAAAAAUGUGGAGUCCCCCAUAGAUAAAGUUGGAGUAUUUAAUGAUAUCUUAAAGAAAUGCAAUGAGAAGAACAAUUUGACGGUGUAUCUUGGGGAUUCAGUGGGUGAUCUGCUCUGUUUGCUUCAAGCUGACAUUGGGAUUGUCAUUGGAUCAAGUUCAAGCCUCAGAAGAUUGGGAACUCAUUUUGGCAUUUCUUUUGUUCCGCUAUUUGCUGGCUUGGUACAAAAACAAAAGGAAUGUUGUGAGGGUGAAAAUCUCGGUUGGAAGGGUCUCUCUGGAAUUCUUUACACAGUCACUAGUUGGGCUGAAAUACAUGCAUUUGUUUUGGGAUCUUUUGAUCAAUCUCAAAAUUCAUCAUCUCACUAGUUAUGAGACAAGUGAAGGAAUUGUUGUAUACUAUUUGUAGAACACAAAAAUAAACAUAAAAAUAAAAAAUAUAUACAAGUUGGCUGUUUUUGUGAUCGGCUGCAUAUGUUUUCCCCCUAUCGAGGAGUUGUUUUUAACUCCGAAGAUGUACAUGCCAUUCUUUAAGUGUAAUGAAAUGGGAAGUGUUUUAUGCAUGCAACUGUUGAGCCAAAAUUAGUUGUAUUGACAGGGAAUGGUGUUGGGUAAAAUCUUCAUGGUAUGGGAAUGGAGGCAAACCAGACAUGUUUUGGGAAUAUCUCCUUAUAUCAAUUUGUUGGCAUUUAUGAGUUUUUGUUAAAUUAUGAGCACAUUAAUUGUGAACUAGCAAAUGUCUAGUUGCUGCUUUUUUGUUGCAUAUUGUGAAAUGAAACAUAUGAAGGUAAUAAUACUGCUUGCUUUUCAUA